GAACAAACAUUUUAUGGGUAUCGCACGUUGAACGAGUAUGCUGUAUUAUGACGCAGGCAAUCGUUACCGUAGAGUUACAAAGCUGAUGUUGUGAAAUGACGUAACAGUCUUCAAGUUCACGCAGGCCCUUAUAUUUUGCAAGACAUUUCCCUGUUGACUACGAAAGGCGGCGGUGCGUAAUGUGUUGCCGUUGAUGGAUAUAAAGUUCCUCAAGUUGGAAUGAUUCACACCCAUCUUACAGUCUGCCACGAAAACCGCCAGUGUAUCGUGUUUCUCUCAAGUGUUGUAAAAACUUCAGACUAAAACCGUGAUAAUAUAAAACAUUAGUUAUUUUAUUUCCAACAAUAUUUUCAUUAGUGUUGUGUUGCCAGUCUUGGAGUACACUUUCACUUCUGACACACGAUGGAAGGGUUCCGGAAACUCAUGGCUAAGGCCGGCUCCAUGUCGGACAAGAAAAGUGAGAGCAGCGCGGACAACUCCACCAACGCCAAAAUGAAGCUAGGACGCUUCCGGCUGAAAAUGCGCAUGCUCUCAAAUCUGGGCGGAUCCCGUGCGCUUCAGAGCCAGCAGACGAUCGUCACGUACGAGCCUACGUACAAACUAGAGCCCGAGAACGACAAAAAAUUCUCCACACAAAAAGCAGAAGCGGUGAUUGCCGGAGUGUUUGAACAUUAUUUGCAAGGCAAGAAAUACGACCCUAAGGUGUUCCCAAGACUCAUAAAAACAUUAACAGAACUAAUCCGGGACAGGGUGAAAAUGCAAGGCUUAGACAG